AAUGAUAUCUGUCAAUGCCUAAUAAUGGGAAUGGUGUUACAAAAUUUUAGACGCACAUUAGCCUUCGAAAUGUUGAUAAUCUUAGUGAUGUAGUAACAAUGUCAAACACUGAACAAAAUUUUCGAAUGGUAAUCGAUACUGGAGCAAGCGUGACUAUAAUUCCAUUUUUUUUAAGACAACAAUUGGCGGAUUAUUGUGAUGGUUGGGAAAGAUUUACUGUUCGAGCUAGUGGAUAUGGAAAUGGUGUAAAAAUCACUCCGGCUUCAAAAAAUUGGGAUGUACACCUAGGUGAUGGGAGAAAUUGGUCCCGAUGGCACAGCACCAAAGAAAUUUAUUCUUGGCUAAACAAUCCUCCAUCUUAUAUCAAUUGCGGAUUAAUUGGUUACGAUGUUCUCAACAAUAUACCUCAUUAUAAACCUUGUAGGGUGCCUUAUGUCUUUCUCAGGGAUGACGUUUUCAAACAAAUUCAACAGUUGCAAGAUGUCAUAUGA